GCGGCCCCACGUGCGCGUGACGCGGGCGGGGGCCGGUAGCGCGGCGGAGCGGCGGGGAGCGGCGGGGAGCGGCGCGGGGCCAUGCAGCCCCCGGCGGCCUCCCCCGGCCCCGCCGCCCCGGCGGGCGCCGAGCUGCUGCGGUGGCAGUGGCGGGAGGUGCAGGCGCCCUGCCUGGUGGCCGCCUGGAUCCUGGUGGCCAGCCUGGCCAAGAUCGUUUUCCACCUGUCAAGGAAGGUGACAUCCAUCGUCCCGGAGAGCUGCCUCCUCAUCCUGCUGGGGCUGGGCCUGGGGGGCAUCGUGUUGGCCGUGGCGAAGAAAGCCGAGUACCAGCUGGAGCCCAACAUGUUCUUCCUGUUCCUUCUGCCCCCCAUUGUCCUAGACUCGGGCUACUUCAUGCCCAGCCGGUUGUUCUUCGACAACAUCGGUGCCAUCCUCACCUACGCGGUGGUGGGCACGCUCUGGAACUCCUUCACCACCGGCACUGCGCUCUGGGGACUGCACCGCGCCGGGCUCAUGGAUCCGGGCAUCGAAGCUGGGCUGAUGGAUUUCCUGCUCUUCGGCAGCCUCAUCUCAGCUGUGGACCCUGUGGCGGUGCUGGCGGUUUUUGAAGAGGUCCAUGUAAACGAGACCCUCUUCAUCAUUGUGUUCGGCGAGUCUCUCCUCAACGAUGCUGUCACCGUGGUGCUGUACAAGGUCUUCAACUCUUUUGUGGAGCUGGGCCCAGCACACAUCCAUGCCACGGACUACAUGAAGGGGGUAGCCUCCUUCUUCCUGGUGAGCCUGGGGGGCACGGCCGUGGGGCUGCUCUUCGCCUUCCUCCUGGCCCUCAUCACGCGGUUCACCAAGCGGGUGCGCAUCAUCGAGCCGCUCUUUGUCUUCCUCCUGGCCUACAUCGCGUACCUUGCUGCUGAGAUGGUCUCUCUCUCCUCCAUCCUGGCAGUCACCUUCUGUGGAAUCUGCUGCAAGAAGUAUGUGGAAGCCAACAUCUCCCAGAAAUCCCGCACCACAGUCAAGUACACCAUGAAGACACUGGCCAGCAGCUCAGAGACCAUCAUCUUCAUGUUUCUGGGCAUCUCAGCUGUGGACACCUCCAAGUGGGCAUGGGACACAGCGCUGGUGCUGGGCACCCUGUUCUUCAUCCUGCUCUUCAGAGCUGUGGGUGUUGUCCUCCAGACCUGCGUGCUCAACCGCUUCCGCCUCAUCCCCCUGGACAGGAUCGACCAGGUGGUCAUGUCGUAUGGUGGCCUCCGCGGAGCCGUGGCCUUUGCCCUGGUCAUCCUGCUGGACAGGGCAAAGGUGAAAGCCAAGGACUACUUUGUGGCAACGACCAUCGUGGUGGUGUUCUUCACUGUCAUUGUGCAGGGCCUCACCAUCAAACCCCUGGUGACGUGGCUGAAGGUGAAGCGCAGCGACCACCACAAGCCCACGCUGAAUGAGGAGCUGCAUGAGCACGCCUUUGACCACAUCCUGGCAGCGGUGGAGGACAUCGUGGGACACCACGGCUACCAUUACUGGCGGGACAAGUGGGAACAGUUCGACAAGAAGUACCUGAGCCAGCUCCUGAUGCGGAAAUCUGCCUACAGGCUGCGGGACGAGAUCUGGGACGUUUACUACAAGCUGAACAUCCGUGAUGCUAUCAGCUUCGUCGACCAGGGUGGCCAUGUGCUCUCGGCUGCCAAGCUGGCGCUGCCCUCCAUGCCCAGCCGCACGUCCAUGUCGGAGUCGUCAGUCACAAACCUCCUGAGGGAGAGCGGGAGCGGCGCGUGCCUGGACCUGCAGGUGAUCGACACGGUACGGAGCCGCCGAGACAAGGAGGACGCCGCCAUGCACCACGUGCUGCGAGGGAGCCUCUACAAGCCCCGCCGGCGGUACAAGGCCAGCUACAGCCGUCACUUCAUCUCUCCAGAUAAACAAGAGCGCCAAGAUAAAGAAAUCUUCCGGCAGAACAUGAAGAGGCGGCUGGAGACCUUCAAGUCCACAAAGCACAAUGUCUGCUCCUCCAAGAGCAAGGCCAGGCUGAAGGAAAAGGGCAGGAAAAAGAAGAACAUCUCUCUGCCCAGCGACGCACCCAAUGGGAAGACGCACAGACACGUCCCCUGGCAGGAGGCAGCUCCUGUCCUGGUGAUGGUCAGCUCAGAGGAGGAGGAGAGCGAUAGCUCGGAGACAGAGAGAGAGGAUGAUGAAGGGAUUGUAUUCAUCGCUCGAGCCACCGAUGAGGUUCUGCAGGGAAAGACAACUCCUGGCAGCCUGGAUGUCUGCCCCAGCCCCUGCAUCAUCCCACCAUCGCCCACCCUGGCAGAGAAGGAGCUGCCGUGGAAAGGAGACCAGGCUGAUCUGGCUGUUUACGUCUCCUCGGAGACCACCAAAAUCGUGCCGGUGGAUAUGCAGAAGGCGUGGAACCAAAGCAUCUCCUCUCUGGAGAGCAUCGCUUCCCCCCCAGGCAUCGAGAGCGGACCUCAGCACAGAAGAUUCGCCUGCCCUGUGCUGGAGGAGCAACCCCAGUCUGCGAGCCAGGCGAUGCCAGAGCAGAGCUCCUGCUUCCAGUUUCCCAGCCACGUCUCUAAGAGCGGCAGGUCGCAGAGCGACAGCAGCCCGGAUGGCGCUGAGCAGCAGGAGCUGCAGCCUUUGAUGGCCACGGAGGAGCAGGGCAGGAUGCUGCCUGCUGCGGAGCCCAGGUGGCUGAUGUUCAACAGAGCGAGCCACCUCUGAGGCGCACUGCGGACGGGGAAGGGGCUGGGGGCUGCGGACGGGCUGCGACCCACUGAGCGCUCUGCUGUCUUGCGUUGUAAAGCUUGUGUGUGUCUCCAUAAACUCCAGGAGUGGCAGGAGAGCCCAGUACUCCUCCUGGAGCUGCACUCCAGGGUGGGCUUUGCCCGUGCACCUACUGAUGCCAAACUGGUCAAUAACUGGGCUUCAUGGAACAGCAGGUACCGACCCCCGUCCACCCAGGGAGGCACAGACCCCAAACCUCUUUCUUCCUCUCUGGUCCCUGCACAUCUUCACAGCACUGGGAGGCCAGAGAUGUUCCUCCCGGGGCUGGGAUCCCAGACGGACUCGAUCCCGUCAUGGCUGUGCCGCCCUGAGGUGUGUGGGUGCUGGCUAACGUGCCGUGGCUGCUCGCGAGUGUGGGAGCACGAGCUGAUCUCCAGCCUGGCUGUGGGUAGGAGACCUCCGGGGAGAGGGCCGGGAGCGGCGGCCGGUGCACGAGAACCCAUCCGCACGCAGCGACCAAGCCAUUGACUUCAAGGUGGCAUCAGCGCUGGUUCCUCGCGGCAUGCACGGAGCUCAGCCAGGAGGCCGGAGAUGGGCUCCUUGCCACGGCAGCUCUGCGUUCCCCGAGUUAUGGAGGUACCGCAGGGGCGAGGCCGUGACUUUCUCAGGACUGGGAGCAGCGCUCCUGGGGUUUGGCUCCACUAGGAGCCGGACUAGCAAACCUGUACGCACAGGGACUCUUCCAGCACCCAACCUGCUGUACCAACCUCACGCCUGUUGUCUGGAUGUGCUCCCAAUAGCUGCGGUGUUCAGCUUCCUGGCUUUGCUAGGAGGCAGCUACCCUGCACAGCAUCCUCAGCAUUCAUCCUGCCCACGUCCCGGUCCCUCCAGUUGACUGGGGCCCAUCAGCUGGGAGGGCUGGUCAUGGUGCGAGGAGCGGAGCGAGCAGCAGGUAUGAAUGUACAUCAGGAACAGGGAUGAUGGGUGAGAGCUGAGUGCAUCUUCAGAGGUCCUCCCCCCCCCCCCAUCUGCCUCCCAGCCACCCCUGGUCCCUCCUGAGAGGGUGGUGGGACCCGGGGGCAAUGGCCCACACAGCGAAUUAUUCCUCCUGUGACCCCAAAGUCCAAGAAUCGCUCCCCAAGAACUGCUCAGCAUGCAGAAUCUCAGCACGACCGCUGGGCACCAGCAAGGCGGGAGGGUUGGGGAUGCUCCUUUUUGGGCAGAAUGGGGCCUUGGGCUGUGAAUGCCCCAGAGCAGGUUAAUAACCGCCUGCUCCAGCUACGUGGGUGUCCUGAGACAGCAGGCAUCGAGGGGACACGUAGAUGCACUGGGUGAGCGAGCCCAACGUGGGCCAAACGAGCUGGCGGUGCCCCCCCCCGUACUGUUAGCAAGGCUCAGCAAAAGCCCUUCUGCUCUGUACCUGUCCCACCAGAUGAGCAUGAGGUUUUUAAAAGGUUUUUAUAUAGUUUUGCAUUUCUGGUAUGCCUUAUUCUGGUUUUGAUUUCUGAUAUUGGGCCAUACUAAAUCUCUAGCUGGGUCAGUGUUUUCUGUAGCCACGGGCACCACAAAUGACUCAAGACUUAGCAUCUUAUUUGCAAGAAUAUUGUUUUAAUGUGAAAAUAUAUGCAGAGUAUUUUGUAAUGUUCAAUAAAUCGGAGUUGGAGCAGG